CUCCCUUCCCCCAACAAACAUAGUGAGAAAGAAAAUGUGUUUGAUAAUAUAUGUUUGUGAUUCAGAAGAGAAAGAGCUUGGAAGAAAAGCAGCAUCAGGAGCUUGUCCUUCUUGUGGUGGCAAAGUUCAAGCUGUUGAUGUUGAGAGUCGUUCAAAAUUCUGUUUUCUUCCUCUUUGCUUCAUUAUCAAGAGAAAAUAUCAAUGUACACUUUGUUCUAGACGUCUAGUCUUGUAUUCUUCUUGAAACAAAAAAUUAUAAUAACCGUCAAGUUCGAGCUAGUACAGAAUCAU